AUGCAACUUCUACGACUCUUCGCCAUGUACACAAAGAAAGGAUUCGCCUUGCUGGCGACUUUCUUGCUGCUAUUCCAGAGCCUCCCAGUCGACGCUGAUAAUACCGCCGAAUUACAAGAUCGUCAUGAUCACGCCCAUGUCCAAGGACAAGAUGGUGUUGUCCAUAUCGACAGGCGCGAGGAACUUAUCCACCUUCAAGAGCGGGCUGGAUUGGAGGAGCGCCACUAUGCUAGUUUGCUGAGCUCUAUGCUUGCAGAUGAGACGCAGACAGCUACUCCAGGGCUACCGUUUGGAGGGACCGUUUCUCCCUUGGUGGAAGUGCUGGUUCUGGCCCCGGAGAAGGAAGCCCAGGUUCAAGCGGUAGCCCAAGCAGCACUGCCCCGAACAGGUCAUUCUCGGUUUGUCCACUGGCAAGCGUUUUGUGUGCCGCUUGCCCUCAGACUGCAGCCACCAAAACUGUCACAUCGACUGUCACAGCGACUAGCGCAAGCUGUCCUUCCUCAGGAGGUGGUGCUGGAAGUGAAUCGCAGCUUCAAGUUCGCCAGCCAGCAGACAAUCCAUCGGACCAGCAACCCGAAGCUCGACACCACUGAUCCGCACGGCACCGACACCAGUGGCCAGCACAUUGCGGACACUUCCAACCUCGACCGCGGCUCCAAUUCCCGGAUCUAG